AUGGUGGUGGAUAUGUUACCUAAUUCUCAAAAGCAGUGGUUAAACUCAUUGACCCCAACGAUUGCCCCAUUGUCAGCAGCCAGCAACAUCCCAUGGCUAGUGUCCAUGGAUGAAACUUGCCAAGGCAUUAUUCUGAGUCGGUGGUGGAUCCUGUCCACAGCUAGCUGUCUGACUAAAUUACAUUACACUGGCAAACAAUUAUGUUUAAAUGAGACCUUAUUGAUUUUAUUUACUUUAAUAUUACUGUAUUAUUCUUCACCUUUCUAUUCCAUUAGGAAGCACUUGCUCUCUGAUAUUUCAGGAGUCAUUGACCAAGAAGGUAUUUUACUUGGCCAUAAAAUCUGCCUGCAUCCCAGUUUUAAUCCACAAGAUGGAAAAGAUCCAGUCAAAGGAGACAUAGGAGUGGUCCUCCUGCAGUACCCUAUUAGGAGGAAAGAAAUUCCACUUUCUCACACUUAUAAUAUCUUCUGGAAAAGCUGUUAUAACUGCCUGUACAGACACUGCAGAGUAUACCAAUAUCAGAAACACAAUAACUUUGGGACCAGUAUCAGGAAGUUAUCAGUUAAGCUUCUGGACCUCUCAUUCUGCCACCAUCAACAUAUCCACAUGGCUAAACAUAAUAACUUAUGUAUCUGGAGUCACCCCCAAGAAGAUUGCUGG